AUGUCUUUUCAAGACUUACAGGCUGUCUCUGGUACCAUUUACCCAACCUUCAGAGCCGCUUGCAACGCACUAAACCUAAUAGGCAACGACGCCGAAAGGCUCACCGCAUUCACCGAAGCAUCCGUUUGGGCAACUUCGCCACAACUUCGCUCUCUUUUCUGUCAACUUUUGCUUUUCUGCGAAGUUAGCAACCCACAAACACUGUGGGAAUUCGCGUGUGAAAAAAUGAAGGACGACUACUUACACGCAAUGCAAAGGGAAAUGCCAGAUAAGGAUGUUGCCUCUUUUACGGACAUCAUCCAGCAGCAACUAUUAAACGAUCUAGAUAACACCCUCCGUUCUUCUAUCCCAUCUAAAUCAAUGGUUGUUUUCGGUCUCCCAAUUCCUACAAAUAAAAUCAAUAGUGUUUUGCAAAAUCGCCAACUGCUUGAAGAGAUGAGCUAUGACAGAGAAACCCUAAAUAGACAACAUCAGACCCUCCUGCCACAGCUAAAUAUCGAUCAACUUUCAGUCUAUAAUGCUGUCACAGAGUCAAUUGAAAAUAGAAAGCCAAUACUGAUGUUCGUCUAUGGACAUGGAGGUACUGGAAAGACAUUCCUAUGGACUACUAUUAUCUCCUACCUAAGGUCUAAAGGAAAAUUUAUAUUGGCGGUUGCAGCUUCCGGGAUCGCAUCUCUUUUGCUUCCUUCUGGAACAAGGGCCCAUUCAAGGACAUUUCUCGCUGAUCUUUUACAACGCACAUCACUCAUUGUUUGGGAUGAAGCACCUAUGAGUGACAGAAGAUGUUUUGAAUUUCUAGACCGUUCACUCAGAGAUGUAUUAGAUUGUGAUGACCAACUCUUUGGUGGCAUAUCUGUUCUUCUUGGUGGUGACUUCAGGCAAACACUUCCUGUCCUACCAAAUACUACACGAUCAGAGACCAUUAGCUUAACUCUACCGAGUUCAUACCUAUGGCGGUUCUUCAGAAUCUGUCUACUACGUAGGAACAUGCGAGUUGACUCAUCCGAAAUAACUGCUAAUGGUUUGAUGUCUGCAUCGGCUUUUGCAACAUGGUUGCUACGCAUCGGAGACAGAGCUAUUGGUGUACCAGACAAGGACGACCCACAAGACUCGAGCUUCAUCGAAAUUCCAGAUUCUCUCCAGAUAAAACCAGGACCUGAGUCUAUGAAAACCCUUAUACACUUUGUUUAUGGAGAUACCACACUUACGACCCCGACCGCGGCUGACCUUUCAGUGAAAGCAAUUGUGUCACCUACGAAUGAUACAGUUGAUGACAUAAAUGAACAAAUCCUAAAGAUGGUUACAUCGGACGGAAGAACGUAUAACAAUUUAGAUACAAUCCAACCAAAUGGAAAAUAUACGCCUGAUUUCGAAGGCCUAUAUCCGAUUGAAUACCUAAACCACGGCGAUGCUAUACAGAUUCUUGGCCAACGAACCAACCAGAGUUAUAUCGAAUCUGUACUAAACGUCCUGGAAUGUUACACAAUAUCAGAUUACAGCUGCCCAAAGCUAGAAAAGUAUCAAAAGUUCCUUGAAAACGACUUCUACAUUGACGUUGGACUCAUGUCUGACUGCAUAGGAAAUCCACAAAAGUUCGACCGUGACUCCCUACAUCCACCACCCGCAGCAACUGUUGUUGCAGUCACGAACCUAAAACCGUCCAUCUCAAACGGACCCUCACGACCACUACCACCAAUACCAGGAACACCCACUACUCUAUACGAGAUGAAGUCAAAAAACAGAUCAGAACUCCUCGCCAAAACCUUCCUUGUGCGUGCAUCCAUUAAAGACUUUGUCUACCAAAAUAGUUGGUACCAAACCACCUGUCCAAAUUGCAAAGAUUCGAUCUUUAGACGAGGGAAAGAUUGGUUCUGCAGCGCUCAUGGACAUAUCGACAAACCAAACUACACGUACAAACUGUCCGUAAUCGUUAGUGAUGCGACCAACACAAUCACCACAACCAUGUCAGAGACCUCAUGUUGGAAACUCGUGAAAUCAACCCUUGACAACUUCCUAUCCAACAACCCGCUAACAGAUGGACGUUUUCUACCUCAGGCCAUUACAAAUCACAAAGAAGAACCAAAGAAAAUGUCCAUCCAAAUGCUCAGAGGAUCAUCUCCACAAAACAUACGUUUCAUAAUAAUAGACCACAAGACAUUAACAACGAUGGCCGACACGUCUAUCCCGACAACACCGGCUCCAAUCCAAAUAGCAAGAAAGUGA